AUCCUGUUUACUUCCGACUUGAUGACGUACAUGGCUAGCCGGGCAAACCGGUUUAUUGUGCGCAUGCGCAGUUAAACCUGCUCUUCCAGCAUGGCGCGGAAGCGACGUAUUCCCCAGCUUCCUCAGUUUGUUUUGUUGAUAUUCAUAAUUUCUCUGCAUUUACUUGCGUGCCCUUUCACUAAAGUCGAAGAGAGUUUUAACUUGCAAGCUAUUCAUGACAUUCUUUAUCACAGAUUUGAUUUGGAAAAGUAUGAUCAUCAUGAAUUCCCUGGUGUGGUUCCUCGCACCUUCCUUGGGCCGUUGUUCAUCUCAGCGCUCAGCACACCUAUGGCUGUUUUACUCUCCCACCUUGAGGCUCCAAAGUUUUACACACAGAUUAUUGUGCGUGGUGUUCUGGGGAUGUGCGUCUGCCUAACUCUAUGGCACAUGCAGAAACAGGUGCGGAGACACUUUGGAUCUCUGGUCUCUGGCCUUUUUUGUCUUAUGUGCACUUCACAGUUUCACCUGAUGUUUUACAGCACAAGGACUCUGCCAAACAUAUUUGCUCUGCCUAUAGUUUUGUUGGCAUUCACAUCCUGGAUGAACCAAAGCCACGGCCAAUUCAUCAUGCUCUCGGCUUUUGUUAUCAUCGUGUUCCGCUCAGAGCUGUGCCUCCUGCUUGGACUCAUGUUGCUGAGAUCACUUCAAUCCAGGAAGCUCAGUAUUAAAAAGUUGCUUUAUUUUGCUGUACCAGCUGGCAUUUUGUCACUGGGUAUAACUAUUGGUGUUGACUCUGUGUUCUGGAGGAAGCUGCUGUGGCCUGAAGGCCAGGUUCUCUGGUACAACACCAUCUUGAACAAAAGCUCCAACUGGGGAACCGCUCCUUUUCUCUGGUAUUUAUACUCCGCUGUUCCUCGUGCCCUUGGCGCCACCAUUGUCUUUGUUCCGUUUGGUCUUCUGGACAGGCGGAUGCACGUUAUGCUGAUACCUGUCGUAGGUUUCAUCUUGCUGUACUCCUUCCUGCCACACAAGGAGCUCCGCUUCAUUAUUUACACCUUCCCUGUCUUUAAUGUAGUGGCGGCUCGUGGCUGUUCCAUCAUUUUAAACAACUAUCAAAAGUCAUGGCUGUAUAAAAUUGGGUCUGUUGCUGUAAUUGGCCAUUUGGUGGCGAAUGGUGUUUAUUCAAGUGUUUCGUUAUACGUUUCACAUCACAACUACCCAGGAGGAAAAGCCAUGCAGGAGUUGCACACGUUAGUGCCAGCUAAUUCGGAAGUGAACUUGCACAUAGAUGUACUUGCUGCACAGACGGGCAUCUCGCGCUUCUUGGAGCUGAAUAGUAAGUGGAGGUAUGACAAGAGAGAAGAUCUGAUGCCAACAGACCCACUCAGGAAGACAUACUCGCAUGUACUGAUGGAGGCGAACACAACACUGAUAUCACUACUUAGUGGUUCUCACAAACCCCUCAUCUACAUCCAGGGUUAUGAACGCUUGCUACUCAAUGCUUCCCAGUUUCCUCCACUCAGUGUCAAAUUAACCAAUAAGCUUGUGCUUCUUGAGAGUUUGACCCACUCUGCUCUUUCCCACUUGAAAAAUUCAGCACCCUACCAUGCUGUCGAACUGAAUGAAAAAUGUUUGGAGUCCAUUAAUGUGAAAUAAAAUCCAUCAAAUGUUGUUUAACUUAGCUAACAGUGGACAAGUAUACAAUUAAGAGCAGUUUACUAUAUCUAUUAAGGAUGCACCGAAAUUUCUGUCAACAAAUUGUAUGAGGGUUUUGGGGGGGGGGACAGGAAACAUUUCAGGCAUGUGGAAACGUCACAGGUUCUACAAAGCACAUGGAGUGAGUCAAUGUAGUCUUACAAAUCAA